AUGUUAAGGGUAAUUCAAAUCUUCUGUGCAACCCUUUGGUGCUUAUGCUCUGCUGGUAUUAUUUUUGGAUUUGCAGCUUUCAAGGUAGUUCUGAUUGAAGAAGGUGUAUACUCAGAAUACUGUAGUGCUUCCCAGAAUAAUAGUUUCCAAGAACCAUGUAUAGAACAAGAUUUAAGAUUGAACUUUAUGUUUGCUGUAAGUGCCGGAAUUACAAAUGUAAUGGCGUUCCCGGUCGGUUAUAUUCUUGACAACUAUGGGCCUCGAGUAUGUGGGAUAAUUGGUAGCCUUUUUUUAACUCUGGCUUCAUCUAUGUUCAUCUGGGCAUCAUCACUUCCUUUGUUCUUUGAUCCAUAUUUGGCAGGCUACAUACUUUUAGCUAUUGGUGGCCCAUUUGUCUUUAUUUCCAGUUUCCAGCUAGCCAAUAGUUUCCCAACAAAAUCCGGAUCAAUAUUAGCAUUAUUAACAGGUGCAUUUGACAGCUCCUCUGCAUUAUUUGUUCUAUAUAGGAUUUGCUACCAAAAAGGAAGCUUGAACCUAUCCCUACACAACUUUUUUAGUCUUUAUCUGUUAGUUCCUACAUUUAUCCUCCUUUGUCAACUUACAAUAAUGCCUCACAGCUCUUAUAAAACUCGAGCAAAUAUGGCAAAACUGUCAAUAGAAGGAUUGAAUGAAAAUGGUGAACUAGCGAGAGAAAACGAUGCUACUAGCAUCUCAGAAGAGAAUGAAACACAAGCAUUGCUGCCACAAGAGACUGGAGACGAGUUUAUUCAGCAUAGUAGUUCAGAAAACCAUCUACACCGUAGAAAAUCAGUGCUGGAAGUUUACAUAGAAGGACAAUUAGAAGAAAAGAGUGGUGGUGUUUUUGGAAUUUUGCAUAAUCUUGAAGCAAAGGACCAAAUUAAGUCACCUUGGUUUUAUCUCAUGCUGGUUUUUUCUGUAAUCUCUAUGUUAAGAAUCAAUUAUUUUAUCGCCACCAUCCGUUCUCAAGAAGAAUAUCUUUUAGGGAAUAUUGAUUUAGCUUUGGAAAUGAAUCAUAUAUUUGAUAUUCUUUUACCAUUGGGUGGUGUAAUUUCAAUUCCAUUUAUAGGUAUGAUUUUGGAUAAAAUGAAAACGUUCAAUGUGUUAGUUCUGAUGUCAGUGACUUCAGUUAUUAUAUCCUUGCUCGGUUUAAUACCAAAUUCAUUCUCACUAAAUUUGAUGGGUAUCUUAUUACUAGUAGUUUACAGACCUUUUUAUUACACUGUGGUUUCUGAUUAUUCCUCAAAGAUAUUUGGUUUUGACACCUUUGGUACCGUUUAUGGAUUACUAAUUUGUAUUUGCGGGUUUUGUAAUUUUGGCCAAAAUUGGUUAGACAAAUGCACUCACAUUGUUUUCAAUAUGAAUCCUAUACCAGUUAAUCUGCUUUUACUUUUUGCGUCGAUUCUAUCUGCAUGUAUUUUAUUGAAAUACAUACAUGUUCAGCUUAUGAGGAAACAAGGACCUCAGCAAUUUUGCGAGAAUUACUGA